CAGCUGCCGGAACUGACGAUUUUAGAACUCUAUGGAACUCCCCUAGAAGUAUCAUCGGACCAUUACCGGUUUAAGAUAAUUCAUCAUUUAAAAUCCCUUAAGGCCUUGGAUGGAAUCAUGGUAACAAAUGCGGAAGUCACAACUGGUAAGGAAAUGUUUGGAGGAAGAAUGACCUGCGAAUUUCUAAUGUCUCGUCUUGGGCAUGAUCAAUUUGCUGAUUUAGUUCAAUUGGAUAUGAUCGGAGUCGGUUUGAAAUCAGUCGAUUUGUUUCCAUUAGAAAGAUUCAUAAAUUUACGCAGUCUUAAUCUGGACAACAAUCAUCUCGCCUCUUUUUCAGGUCUAAUAUUUUUGGAGAAUCUUCAAGCUCUUUGCUUAAACCAGAACCGAAUUGAAUGCCUUUUUCCCCGUAAUACCGGCGACUCUUUUUCUUGUGGGUCUGUUACUAUGUUAGCGGCACUGGACGAGCGGAGACACUCAAUCAAGCAGAUCAUGCCUCGGUUGGAGGUGCUUCAUCUUGCGCAAAAUGGAAUAAAAUCCUUGCAACCUCUCCAGCUUCACCGAAUCCCUACUCUGAAGGCGCUCUUCUUGCAGGAUAACAGUUUGGUUUCAGUAGAUGGUCUCGAAGGGCUGCAUCAACUACGCGAGCUGGUACUCGACAGAAACCGUAUUAAAAAGUUAAGUGAAACCAGUUUUCUCUAUAAUUGGAGCCUACAAGAGAUACACUUAGAGGAGAACCGCUUACGAGACCUUCACCACCUUGGUCAUCUAGAGCGCCUUCAACGACUAUAUGUGGGAUUUAAUAAGCUCACUGAUCUGAACGAGUUGGAGGAGAGUUUGGGACGCCUGCGUAGCUUAGUUGAAAUAUCGCUUCCAGAUAACCCUGUCGCCCGUCGAGGACAGCAUCGCUUAGUACUCGUAUACAAUUUGCCACAACUUAAGCAUAUCGACGGCCAACUUGUGCUCGACGAAGAGCGGGAGCGUGCUGCUGCUUUUUACGCUGAACAGCAGUACCACACCCUUCUGGCAGAGCAAAAUGGCAUGCUGGUCACGGCUAAACCGGCUGUAGGACUUGGUCUUCCUACUGGGGCAGCUUCAAUAGCCGCUACUGUCUCUGGUCCAUUUCCAUCCACUCUAUCCGAAGUAUUGUUAACUAGUUCCGGUAACUCGUUGCCAAGCCUAACUCCUUAUCGUUCCACCUGUAGCACAGCCUCAACUAGUCUGCUCGAGGCGGCCGUGGUUGCCACGUCUGUCAGCCCCAAUGUCCUCGGCAGUAGCGGAGGCCCCUGUGUAGGCAUCGCUGGGAGUCUCUCCACUAUUCCGAUCCCACAUCGGGCUCGCCAACGCAAUUUGCCCGCUGUGAAGUUGUGUAACUUUUCCUCUAUGUCCCCAUCGAUCAGUGCCCCGGCCCACCUCACAUAUCCUAGCUCUCACACAACCACCACUUCAAUUUCUUCCAUUACAACUAGUCCCAACAUGCCAAAAUGUAUCACUGGAGCACUGGAGGCAACUGUUACUGAUACUAUUGACGCUGCUUGUAGUCAGAUUCUUUCGAAUACCAAUUUGGGUUUUAAUCACUCUCUGGUGACUUCAAAGAAUUCGACAUCGACUGCCGAUCUUUCCUCGAACAUAGUAGAAAUUCCGGCGCCGAACCUGCAUCCUGUGGCACAUCAUUCAGCUUGCAUCAAGCGACCACCGUCUGCUGGACGUAUGCUCAUAGCUGCCGGAUCACAUGGACUUAGCUUGGGUGGAGUCGGGGAAACUGUAGCCGCAGAUUGCGGUGCCUUUAGUGCCGGUGACUCGGCCGGCUUGGCCACGAAUCCCGCAGGUGGAAUGAUGAAAUCUGCAAGCAUUGUAGAUAACCGCUCGGGCCAACGUUUGAUCCGCUUGCCGACAGGCUCAGGAACAGGGCCAAGCUUAUCAAUCACACCACAGAAUUUCAUCACAAUUGGACCUCUUCCCGGCACAUCUACUCAUUCGACUUUGAUGCUUGUAAAUCGUCAUCUGGAUCCAGUAACAGAUGUGGGACAGCUUGCAAGAUGUCCUUCCAAUUUAGAAGGCCUUACGAAGUGGACUAGUGGACAAGUAAAACGGUGA